UCAACUUUGCAUCUUGGAAUUUGUACUGAAACGUGAAGUUAACGCAUUUCACAAUAAGCGCAAUGGCCGUUUAUUUACUUACACUUUUCAUCUAUUUGCUGCAAGUAAACGGACUUGGAGCGAGCAAUUUGGACACUGCCAUCUCUGUGGAAGUUGGAGACAGGGCCUGGCUGCCGUGUGGCCCAGAUGUCGGCAAGGAGCCAGGCAGCGUGGUCUGGUUCAAGACGACACAAGGAGACAGCAGCCCACCGGUGCCUGUGGUCGUGUGCUCUGUGGACAGAGCCCUUUUGCUCUCUUGUGAGAGUGACGAGGGGACAUCAGCCAGACACGCGACGUACUCCUGCUCCAGAAACCAUGACCUAAACAUAAGGAACGCGGAGGUCUCUGACUCGGGCACGUACAGAUGUGCUGCUGCAGCCUCCCUUGCUGAAUAUUCGUGCAAAAAUGCAACAACCAUGGAUGACUGGAAUGUGUUGAGUCACACAUGGCUUGAACACAAUAACCAACUGAGUACGAGUGUAAGAUUAACUGUGAUGGCUUUGGUGGAGAAGACUUACACCAUAAAGGUGCACACAGGAGAUUUGUUGCAUGCUGGAACAGAUUCUCGUGUUUUCAUUUUUAUAAAUGGAAGCAAAAAUAACUUGGAAGCUGAGCUUUUAAACUCAUCAUGUAACUGUUUUGAACAAAAUCAGAUUGAUUUCUUCACGAUAAAAACGAAAGAUCUUGGAUGCAUAACGGAAUUUAAUUUAUCUCAUAACCAACGUGGACUGGCUUCCGAUUGGUACCUUGACUCAAUUGAUGUUUACGAGGGACACAAUCAUUACAAGUAUGAAUUGAAAGAAUGGGUCGAUGGCUCAAGAAAAAUUAGACUCCGCUUAAAGGACGCUCGUGAAGCACAAAAUUGUCAAGUUUCUGCAAGUGAAGGCUCCAGAGAAACAAGUUGUCUUCAUGGCCAUGAGGAUAUCAUAUCCAGAAAAUUCACUCGGAGUGAGACUGUUUGCUAUAUAAACGGACCUGCCAAGCCUGCUGCAGACAUGUUCUGUGUCUAUGAAAAUAUGUAGGUCACAUUCGCAUCAAGAAUGGGCCGCUCAUCCUGCAACCGAGUGGACAAGUGGCGGAGUCACACGCGCUCCUGAUGAACGAACACAAGUGUGUGGAUUACAAAUGUUUUGCCUUCACAGGAAUUCACAUUCAAUUCCAAACAUGAAAACACCUGCCAAUAAUAUAUAGCCAUAUAGAAGGUUGCAAAGCAAUAGGAAUAUCGCUUAAUUAGAAUCAUACAAUAUUAUAUGCACGCUUGUUUGUAGUCAUUAAAACACAAUUAAUGGAAACACAAAUACAACACAUAUAUUUCUAAUAUGCACCAUAUUUUGUAGAAUCCAUCUUAUUGUUGAAAAGGUCUGGUGCUGAAUUGGGAGGCUAUCCCUUGACUGCACUUGGACAUCAAUCAGCCUCCUAUUGUAUCUGUGCCAGAUGGAAAACCCUCCAGUACAGCCAUGGAAAGCUUAUUCAACGACCUGGUUAAAGAAGUGUAGGGGCCAGGGGACAUCCCUGUCGCACCCCAAGGUGAAUAGAAAAUGAAUCUGAUUCCCAGCGACGCAGCGUGCCAUCAUGAGGGUCACAAUUACAGACUGUCGUAGAUAUACCCCAAUGUAAAAAAAAUCCUUUUCGGUGUUAACGAUUUAAAUACUAAAUGUCUCAAUACUAAUCCCAAUAAUAAGGAGAAUUACAAUUGAUUAGUUAACGGAUAUUUGAAAUGUCAAUGUUAUUUUGUUAAGGUAGCAUGGCACCACAGACAGGAAUAUAACUUGACUUGAGAGCUGUAACAAUGUGAACCCUGUAGGAAGAGCACUUUACAUUGAUGGCUAAGCUGGAGAGGCCCAAUUCAGUGCAUGAGGUCUGGAAAGGUAAUAAAUACAUAAACUACCUUUAUCUCUGACAAAAGGAUAGACUGAUGAAUCUUGAUUUGAAGCUUUCGUGACUGCAGGAAUCCAUACUCUUUGGUUCUUUCGGUAAAGUCACGUAGUUAGAAAUAAAAUAAAACAUCACGACGUUUCGAUCGCAACACAAGCGGUCAUCAUCAGCAAAGGAGUCAGCCUCUAAAAGCAAACUGUUUAUAAAGGUUUGGGGAUGGGCGUAGCCCAAGUGUAUCAACAGCACCAAGAGCAUGGGCGGUGCACGAGUUCCAAUGCAGCAACAAUGCCAAUGCAGCAACAAUGCCAAUGCAGCAACAAUGCCAAUGCAGUGGGCGAGAGAGCUGCCGUGGCAAGAGGUUAUAUAGGUAAGAAAGG